AUGGCUGGAUGCCGCUGCUGCGGGCGGGGCAAACUGGUGGCUGCCUCCUCCCUCAGAGCUCCACCUGUCUCUGGGACAGAAGCGUCGGCGCCCACACCGCAGAGGGAGCGCUCCGGGGCCGAGCUGCAGGAGCGGAGAACUCAGACUCCAGGCCUGUCCAGAGGGGAGGAGACUGGUAGCUUGACUCCAGGGCCCCGCCUCCUGAAGCUCUCCGCGGGCCUGAGACGCCGGGCGUGGCGCUCAGUGCUCCUACUCCACCCCCCAGGCUUGGGCCGGGCCACUCCCCCAGGACUGCGAGCCCCGCCCACCCCGCAGGAGCGUACAGCGGCCAUGGGGACACCCGGCCUCCCCGAGGAGGGGUCGCCCCUGACCCCGGCCCCGGAGCGCAAAGUGGAGGUCCAGAUCCAAGGGGCUGCCCCGCCUCACGAGUCCGCUGAAGAACCUCAGCAGCCAGUGGCCCUCAAAGCCCGGGAGGAGCUUCCAAGCUGCCGAGGAGCAGAGCAGCAAGCGGAGGAAGAGGAAGAGGUGGAAGGCAGCAGCACAGAGAGCAGCCGCGACACGCCCGAGGCCCCGCCUCCCGCGUGGAGCCCGGUCACGACCCCUCCCCCCGCCCAACCUGGGGAAGGGGCCAGAGUGGUGGCGCGGCGACUUCGAGGGCAGCAGCUAGAGGCCCUGACUCGCGUGGCCCUGAUGGAACAGCGGGUGAAGGAGCUGCAGCGCCAGAGGAAGGAACUGAGGAUUGAGAUGGAGGUGGAGGUGGCCCUGUUGCGCGGGGAGCUGGCUGGGGAGCGCGUGGCCCUCCGGCGGGAGGAGGAGCAGCUUCGGGAGCUCCUAGGGCUGCAGGCAGACUCGGACACGGACCUGGAGCCGGGCGGCCUCGAGCAGCAGGAACAGGGGCAGAGCCGUCUUAGGCAGGAGCAGGACCGUGUGGAGGGGCUCCGCCAGAGGCUCCGUGAGGCCCAGGGACAGCUUGAUGCACAGCCCGAGGACCAGCGGGAGCUGCUGCAGCAGGAGAUGCAGGAGGUGAGGGAACAGCUGGAGGUGGCGCAGCGUGUUUACGAAGACCUCGAGUUCCAGCAGCUGGAGCAGGAGAGCCGGCGGGAGGAAGAGGAUCGGGUUAGUUCAGAGGCCCAGGUGCUGGACCCCAAGGUCCAGGAGCUGCAGGCCAGCGUGGCACAGCACCGGGGGGGUGCCUUGCAGCGCCGGAUCCAGGUCUUGGAGGAGCAGCUCAAGUCGUUGGGGGAGCAGAUGGCGGCAGAGAGCCGGGGUCUGAGCCGUAAGAAGGAGGAGGCCCUUCAAGCCCUGACACAGGAGCGGAGCCGACUGCUGGAACUGAAUCACCUCCAGGGAGCACCGGGCAGGGACUUCUCUGAGCCCAGCAAGGCCCUGACUAAGCUCCUGUUCACCCACAAGACUGACCGCCAGCUGUUGGUGCUUCAGGACCCCGCCGCCAGCCCCACCUCCAGCACAGCCUCUUCCUGUGUUUUCUCUGUUCACAGCUCCCUGCAGGGCUCCAUUGGCCUCCAGAGAACCGGAAGCUUGCCUCGCAGGAGGGGGGAGAGGGCAAGCCAGAGAGGAUCACCCCGACCCGUGUCUCUGCAUUGCACUGGACCCCCGGAGGCUUCGGCUCUUGCACCAGUAGCAGGGGAUUCUGGGAGACACCCCCUCUAUCAGCUAUUAAACUGUGGCCCUGGGAAUAGCUGCGGAGCCCUGCACCCAGACAUUGCCCGCAUGGAGCGGCUCCUACUGCAGGCUGUGGCCGAGAGGGAGCGGCUGCUGAAGGCCAGGGAAGGGACAAGAAAGAGCACUGGAGGUUCCUCAGGCCCAGCUCUACCUGCCAUCAUGGCACCACCCCCACCCCCACCACGCCCUCCAGGCCCCCGCGUCUUGGAUCUCCGGCAGCACCUGGAGCGAUGGGGCCACAACCCAGAAAGCUGCCCGCAGAUCCGGGUGUCGGGGGGCUGCUGCCGAGGACCCCUGGUGAAGAUGGGAGGACGCAUCAAGACCUGGAGGAAGCGGUGGUUCUGCUUUGACCGCCAGGCCCGCCGUCUGGCCUACUAUGCAGAUAAGGAGGAGACCAAGCUCAAAGGUGUCAUCUACUUCCAGGCCAUUGAAGAAGUCUACUAUGACCACCUGCGUUGUGCCUUCAAGAGCCCCAACCCCCGCCUAACGUUCUGCGUCAAAACCUACGAGCGCCUUUUUUACAUGGUGGCCCCCAGCCCGGAAGCCAUGCGUAUCUGGAUGGACGUCAUAGUGACCGCAGCAGAUGAGAACCACGUCCCCUGA